UUGCAAAUCGUAUCACAUUCAUCAACAGUGGACGAUGUUAUGCCGUUGUAGUCGUUGUCGUUCUUGUUGUUGUUGUUGCUCUUGCUGCUGUUGCUAUUGUUUUUGCUUUCACAUAUUGACGCCUCGAGACCAUAAAACUCGGUACGGUGAUAUUUUUUCGUAUUUAAAAUGAAAAGUUUUCAACAGUAAUCGUUCAGAUUUUGAACGAAACGGUAUCAAAAGAAAGAAAAUUCCCCAAAAAAAAAAAAAAAAAAAAAAAUAGCGAAACAAAAAGAAAAGCAAUUUCCCGCAAAAGAAUUACCACCUGUCAGCUGCUCAAUAUUAUUAGAAAGGCAAAAAAAAAAGAAAAUUAAAUUAAAUGAAUUAAAAAUAAAUAACGGUUAACAAUUUAAAGGCUAUUUAAAUUGAUGAAAAUUUCUGUUAUUAACCGGCAUUUUUUACAAAGUGUGAUAGUUUAAAAAUCCGUAUUUAAAGUUCCUGUACCGCACUGAAUUUUGGCAUCGCGUGUUUUGCUGCCAUUGAUUGCAAAUUAAACAAACAUUACAAUUAACUAAAUUGUUUCGAACAAAAAGCAAAAGUGUUGAUUUUUAUUUAACAAAAAAUAAAAAAGACCAACCGUUUUACUUUUCACAAGGAUAAUUGCCAAGCAAUUGAUUAUUGAAAACAACAUGUUGCCAUAUAUGUUUUUAAUUACCGCAUUUCUUAGCUUAAGUGGCCUGCCGUUGAGCAAUGCUGAUACCAGUGCCCAUUGGGGCUAUCCAGAUUACAGUGAAAAUGAAGAAUUUCCAAAAUGGGGUGGAACUUGUGAUACCGGUACUCGUCAAUCGCCCAUCAAUUUGAGUCUGAGAAGUGCCAUCAAGGGUGUGUAUGAGAAAUUGGAAGGCGAUAAUCAUGAUAAGAGCAUAACAGAGCUAUCGAUGGUGAAUACGGGUCAUUCAGUCCAAUUAUCCGAUUUUGAUGUGGACAUUGAAUUGGAAGGAGGUCCCCUGAAGGAUGAAUAUGUCUUGGAACAAAUCCAUUUCCAUUGGUGGUCGGAGCAUACCAUUGAAAAUGUCCGCUACCCUUUCGAAAUGCACAUGGUCCAUCGUAACAAGAAGUAUCCAAAUAUGACUGUGGCCACUUUGAAUAAAGACGGUUUGGUGGUGGUGGGCGUCUUGUAUCAUGCCUCGUUGGAACGUAAUCGCGUGGUGGAUGACAUCCUGUCCGAUUUUGUUCCUAUUAUGAGCUACGAGCAGAUAAAUAAUCCAAUUAAAAUUAAAACAAAUUUCAAAAUCAGUGAUUUGGUACCAGCCAUUCCAAGCUACAUUACCUAUGAGGGGUCGUUGACCACACCUGGAUGUAAUGAGGCGGUUACAUGGAUUGUUUUGGCCGAAACAUUCCCCAUUGGAAUUGAUCAGGUCGAGGCCUUUAAGUCAUUGGAAUGCGAAAGAGGAAAAACACUGGCCAAUAAUUAUCGCGUCAUUCAAAAGACCAACGAUCGCGCUGUUAUCAUUGUGACAAAUGAAUUCCGCAAAGAUUCAGGAAAUGGUUCGGCUUCACUGGAAUCGACUGGAUCGCUGUAUGCAAUGCUUGUCAUUGCUGGAAUAUUGCUUAAAUAUUUCAAUUAAAAAUAAAAACGAUUUUUAAAAAUUACAUUUGUAGAUAAUCUUUGAUUGACUAUGACAUUAUGCUCUCUAACUAUCGCUAUCUCUCUCUAAAUAUGUUAAUCACAAAAAUCAAAAAACCACAUAAAAUAUACCAAAGAUAUAAUUAAUAACUAUUUAUUUAAUAAUAUGCCUACUACAAUUUAAGACUAAAUAUUCAUAUUUAUAUAUUUAAAUAAAAUAUGUUUAUAUGUUCAUGAUCAUUCAUUUGUGUCGUCGUAUAGUUCCUUUUAUUAAAUUUAAAAAAAAUAUUAAUUUAAGAGUCAAACAAAUUAAACUACAACAAAAGUGUGCAUUUUAUUUCUAAUUCAUCGCCCAUAACCGAGUAUCUCAAAUAGUUUAUAACAAAAAGAAAAUAAAUAAAUAAACGAAAACAAAAUCAACAUUGACAUCGAAACAUUCAGAGGAAAACAAAAAAAAAAAAAAUAAUUAACUAAAACAACUUGUAAAAUGUCUAGUUAAUUUUUUUUGUCUUUAAAUUUAAAAUUAAGUGUUUGUUGUAUUAGCAAUUAAUUAUUCACUGUUAUUUAUUUGGCAACUCACAUCAAUUUUGUUCUUGGUAAUAAUUUAUUUAUUUAUUUUGAAAUAAUGUAAAUGUCUUUUUCGAUUUCUGUAACUAGUCAAUGUCCUUUGUGUGAAUGUAUAAAUAAAUAAAAUAUUUAAAUAAUAAACAUA